AUGACAAAUCAAGAAAAGAAACCAGAUAGUUAUACUCUUUUACAAGAGCCGGAAAAGCAUGUAGAAAUCGCUAUUGAUGAGCAGGACGACGAUAAAAGCUCCAAUGGAAGCUCCAAAGGAUCGAAUAUUUUUAAAGAUUUUGCUAAUAAACAUCUCAGAUGUAGAAAAGAGAAAUCUUCGGAUGCGGAGUUUUAUAUAGAGAAAUAUGGCAUAAAGCGAAUAUGUUUAGUUAAACCAGAUCGCGAAGUAUAUUUACUACUUGAUGGCAAUGAUGUUACUGCAUUUCUCGAAAUGCAAGGGUGGAUAAAUAAUAAUCCACAUAAAUCUCUCGAGCAAACGAUUACUGAAUUCGAACAAAUCGACAAAGCUGACGCGUUCGCCAAAAUAUUAUAUGAUCACCCAUUGCCCGAUUUCAUUCUAAAAUUUCCAAACGAAGAAGACGUAAAGAAUAUAGUAUCUAAUACAGAACGUCGCUUCAAAUUUGAAUGGCUGCUCUUGAAAGCUGGACUUGUCGUCGAGCGCGAAGAAGAUAUAUCUUCUGACAACACGUAUAUUAAAAUUUGGGCACCGUUUCAUCGCUUAUGCAAGGAGGCACAUCAUAUGAGAAUAAAGCUUCCAUUAAAUGUUAACAAAGUAACGAGUGAUUUCGAAUUGGUGGAAGAGAGACUGUCAAGUAUAAGAAGUCGCUUCUCUCGAAAGAUUGACACGAAAAAAGAAUCAGCAUUCUUCAAAAAAGAUAAACUGAGACAAUUUAAAGGUGCCGAGCUUGACAAAGAUUUUGGCGAAAUUGCUUUGAAUUUUUGGAAUGGAGCAAAACGUAAUUAUUUGACACAUCAUAUCAUAAUUACUGCUAAUCAAAUAAAAACGGAAAAUUUAACGCGAAAUGAAAGCUCGACUUUUACCAAACGGCGUAUCAGAUCUUUAGAUAUAAAAGCAUUACUAAAAGACCACGUAUACACGACAUUUUUCACACUACACGAUGGCCCUGUUGAAUCGCUGUCAACUGGUGAGCAGGAGAAUCUUCGGAGUAAGCUUUAUAGAACGUGGGUUAAACGUUAUGGAAAACAACCUUUGGAGGAAAUUAGAGAGUAUUUUGGCGAAAGGUUGGGAUUAUAUUUUGCUUGGCUAGGUUUUUAUACAACUUGGUUGACAAUUCCUGGGAUAUUAGGCUUUAUUACUGUUAUUUUCGGCUUAAUCAGACUAAUAAUAGUGAAGCAUGGCUUUUACGGUGGCGUCCAAGGAAUUUCAACGAUAUGGGACAAUGAACUUACUUUCCCUUAUGCCCUGGCGAUAUCUAUUUGGGCCACUUGCUUUCUCGAGUCUUGGAAACGAUUUAAUGCGGCUCUUGUUUAUGAUUGGGACACUUCUGAUUUUGAGCGAGAGGAACGACCAAGACCUGAAUUUAAAGGGACAGUUUUCCAAAAAUCCCCAAUUACAUCAAAACAGGAACUUACAUUUCCAUUCAAAGAACAAAUCAAAAAACUGAUCGUAUCUUCAACCAUCAUUAUCGCUUCGAUUUGCAUUGUCACUAUUACGAUCGGCGUUUUGUUGACUUUUUCAAGGGCUUGGAUAAACAUUGGACUUUUGAGCAAUGUGAUUGCAAGUUUCGUGAAUUUGGCGACUGUCUUGAUUCUAAACUUGGUUUACGAAAGACUUGCUGUGUGGCUCACUGAUUAUGAAAAUCAUAGAACUUCGACGCUCUAUGAAGAUUCCUUAACUCUGAAAAUAUAUCUAUUCGACUUUGUCAAUUUUUAUUCGGCACUGUUUUAUAUUUUAUUGUUCAAAAGAAAGUUUGUGCGCGCUGUCGUCAAUGAAUUUCACGAUGAGGAAGACGGGUGUCAAUAUCAAAGUUGCAUGGCUGAAUUGACAAUUCAAUUGGCCAUUAUUCUAAUUGGUAAACAAACCGUUGGUCAAAUACAAGAGAUUUUUAUUCCGUUGCUAAGGGGCAAAAUAAAUAGAGCUGGAUUAAAGAAAGAGUUAGUGAUGUUAGCAAAAGCUUACGAAACCACUACAAGAAAAUUAAAAACGGUACCACAAUGGAUCUGGGAUAAUAAAUUGGCGCCUGUUGAUAAUAAUAUACGGUCGGAAUAUCAAGAAUUAGGCAAGUUCAAACACUUAUUUGCUUUCGAAUUCAUACAAACAAUUAAUCUCAUUUUUUUUACAGUCGUGCAAUAUGGCUUUAUUUCACUAUUUGCGACUGCGUUUCCUUUAGCCCCGUUUUUCGCCUGGCUUAAUAAUGUAUCAGAAAUUCGCAGUGAUGCGUUCAAGUACAUUAAAGCGUUACGAAGACCAGUCGGCUUUCAAGCACAAGACCUCGGAAUGUGGGAACAAAUUUUGCAUGUCGUAUCGUUGCUGGCAGUAAUCACGAACGCAACGAUCAUCGCAUUUCAUUCAAGUUAUAUGCGUGAGCAUUUCGUAUUCUUCAUUAAAGCAUUAUUUGCCUAUGCGAUUCCUGAUGUCCCGAAAUCGGUGCGUAUUGCGAUCGAGCGAGAACGAUAUUUGACUCGUAUCGUGCUCGAAGGCGAAGAAUCGGAUGCUGAUGAGUGUGAUGAUGAAAAAGAAGAUAAUAACAAUAAAGUAACGAAUGACGAACAAAACCAAGGGUUGAAAGAAAAAGAAGUGUAA